AUGGAUCUUCUCGACUAUAUCGAACGAAUUGGAGAUGAUCCCCCAGCGCCCCCACGAGUCGCCAGUUACCGUCAGAAUAUUCGGCUUCAGAUGGAUUCAGAAUUCCUCGAAUGGCCGAAUUCCGAUGCGGAAACGGCGAAUUUUUCGUCGGGCGAAGAGCCGAUGUCACUGCCUGAAGUGCCUAGCACGUCGGGUGGUGGUAGUAUUUUACAACCGAUUACUGACACAUUAAGACUCUAUUUUCCUGAUACUAUUGAGACAAUUCUCCAAAAUCUUCUGGAAAUGUUGUGUUCAUCCCGAUCGGAUAACGAUAUUCAAUGUGAAUUAAUCGAUUUAUUGGGUGUCGAAUUGUUCGAAUUGGCCGGUGACGUACUUGAGAAGCGGAACAAAAUCGUGUAUGAAGUCAAGUCGGCUGAGUUGGCGAAAGUCGAGUUGGCGAAACAGAAUAAGACAAAGGUGAUACAAAAAAUCUGA